CAAUCAUUCACGCCUAUUCAACCUUUAACAUUGUACCUAGCCUUUUUGUUCUAUCCCUUUUUCAACUAUUCAUAAAUUGCUUCUCGCUGCCGUACCUACCACCCCAAGAUGCCUCAAUCAGUUGAAUUAACCCCCGAGGAGCUCGUGGAAGUUAGUCAGACACUAUUAAAGUUCCUCGGCGGGAAAGUUAAGUUUGCAGUUAUUGGCGGAGCUGCUUGCUCACUGCUUCGAGUGGCUGAAAAAACCGAAUAUCGCGGUACCAAGGAUGUCGAUAUUGUUGUUGCACCAACCAAAGGCUACAACGCCGAGACUAUCUCAAGCUGGCUAGUCCAACAACAUCCGGGGAGUAUCCGAUCUGUUGAACAGUAUGGCGUGAUAACUCCUGCAAUCCCUAUCCAUCGAGAUCAAUGAGAGUUGCCAAUAUUCCUGUCAUGCACCCAAUAUGGCUUCUCCGAGAAAAAAUACUAUCCCAGUAUGAGCGCCAAGGAUCUGCGAAAGAGAGAACUGAUAUCUUGGAUAUUGAAGUCCUACUGGGCAUGGUCAGUCGGCAGGCCCUUGU